AUGUGGGCCGAAUCGAUUAUCGCUCGAUUACCCUUUGCUCUCGUGAUAUGGGUAUUAUUUUUGGGCUUGCGGUCAAUUUACAGACUCAGUUUCCAUCCUCUACGGCAUAUUCCAGGUCCGAAACUUGCGGCUGUCACGCAUCUCUACGAAUUCUACUUUGACGUGAUCUGCCGUGGCCGGUAUAUCUGGCAAAUACAAAAGCUUCACGCAAAAUACGGUCCGAUCAUAAGGAUCAGCCCUCGCGAGAUCCAUAUUGCGGACGCUUCAUUCUAUGAUGAGAUCUAUGCUCCAAGUAGCCGUAUACGAGACAAGGACGCAAAAUGGGUGCCAACUUUUGGUCUGUCACAGUCCAUGUUGAGCACAGUCGGGCAUAGACAGCAUCGAGUUCGACGUUCACUGCUAUCGAGCUUCUUCUCAAAGAAGUCAGUACUGGAAAUCGGACCGCUGAUUGAGAGACAAAUUGCAAAAUUGUCUCAUCGCCUGAAGAAUCUCCACAGCACACAGGAGGUGGUACAACUUGAUGCCGCGUUUGUCGCACUCACUUCUGACAUUAUCUCUGCCUACUGCUAUGGCGAGUCAGGUAACUUCUUAGACAACCCAGGCUUCCGAAGCGACAUUCGGGCUUCGGUGAUCGAUGCCACUGCCAUUUGCCACUUGGUCCGGUUUUUCCCUUUCCUUCCGCCCCUCCUGCAGCAGAUUCCAGAGACCCUCAUGCGGAAGUUCAUGCCGGGGAAGAUAGCUAUAAUUAACUUUCAACGUUCUUUGGCGGCAAAUGCUGUUCAAGCUCUGCGCGGAGAAAGGAAGGUUGGAACUGACCAAGACACAAUGUACGACAGGCUGAUCAACGAAGCCGUUCCCUGCGAAGAGAGGACACUCGGUCGUAUUCAAGAUGAGAGCUCGCUCGUCCUCGCGGCUGGAACAGAGACAACUGGGCGCAUCUUGACAGUUGCCAUAUAUUAUUUGAGCAAGGAUCAGUCGAUCCUUCGCAAGCUACGCGCAGAGCUCAAGACAGUCCUCCCUUCGCCGACCGCUUCCGUAACCUGGGUGCAGCUCGAGCAACUUCCCUAUUUGACAGCUGUCGUUCGUGAAUCCUUACGCCUUGGAAUGGGUAUUACUUGCCGUCUUCCUCGCGUGGCUCCAAACGAGGUCUUGCAGUACGGGAAGUACCACAUUCCAGCUGGGACACCGAUGAGCACGUGUACUAUGCUCGUCCAACGUAACCCAGACAUGUUUCCUGAUCCGGAUAGAUUUGACCCGGAGCGGUGGAUCACCGACGGUCAAGUCGAUAACAAGCUUAUGAAAUAUCUUGUCUCAUUUACUCGAGGGAGCAGAAUGUGCUUGGGGAUUAACCUGGCAUACAGCGAACUCUAUCUUCUGAUAUCCCACCUGGUUCGGCAGUUCACUUUCGAGAUCUGUAACACAAGUGACGAUGACGUUCGAAUUACUCGUGAUAUGAUGGUCGGGUACACCCGACGAGGAGAUCUCCAAGUAUAUGCGAAGGUGGCGAAGGUUAUUGAGGAGUAG